AAGAAUGCAAGAAAUCGACAAGAGUGCGAUCCGAAUCCGACCAUACGUAGAGGCGGACAACGACCAAGUGGUCCAGAUCCUACUGCAGGGGUUCGAUGUGGUCACCGCCCCCGUCUUCCGGAAACAGGCGACCCACCCGAAGACGAUUCUCUCGAUCCUUACAAAGUCGGUCAUUUACGCCUCCUUGAUCGAGCUUGCCCUUUUUGCCUAUGCGAACUCCAAAUCCUCGGUCUCUUCGCCGUCAAUGGCCGGGCUUUCAGCAGAGGAUUUGCGCAGCUUCUGGGAGAGCUUGACAAAACCCGAAUCAGCGCAGUCGCUCAUCCUUCACUUUGUGAAACCGUCGCUUUUGAUUGUUUGGGUCAUGGUCUCAGUGGUGGUGGCAGUAACGACGUUCGUGGGGAUCUAUCGGAUGUGCCUAGCGGGAACUGCAGAGUAUAUCGAGGGCUGUUUCAAGGAUGAUCUUUCAGAUAUUCAGGGAUAUUAUCAAUCCCAGAAAUCUACUGGCGGCAAGAAGAACCGAUCGGCAUUCUGGGUCGCUUGUUUGGAUUCGCACCCUCAGCUCGUCUUAGGUUGCAUCGCUUUAGACGACAACUUUGCGCAUCAAGGGCAUUUGAAGAGGAAGCAUCUGGCAAUGGGCGGAAGCGAGGAGACGUUCAAGGCCGCGGAUAAGGGCGACGCAGAGCUGAGGCGCUUGUCCGUGGAUAUAAACUAUCGUCGGUUGGGGAUCAGUCGAAUGUUGAUGGAGCAUUUGGUCAAGUAUGCGAAGGCCGAAGGAUUCAGGAGGGUGUGGUUCUCGACGACGUUUUUUCAGAAGGCUGCGUUGCAUGGGUAUAUCCGAUUUGGGUUUGCGAAGGAAAAAGCGGGAAUGUAUGGGGAUUUCAUUAAACUGUGGUUCGGGACGUUGAAUCUGUAUGCGACUGAGGAGCAGAAGGAGGAGCAGCGGAGGAACCAGGAGGAGAUGCUAAAGGAGAUCAAUUCUUGGUAGAGCAAGGCAGGACUAGAUUAAAGCUAGACAAGUAGUCCUAUACCCCCACCCAUGUUUUCGUCGGUGUAGUUUGUUGUUGUUGGCGUCGAAAAUAUACUGCGGACCUUAGAAUGCAUCGCCACACGGCUUGCAAAUAAUUCCCAUGGCCAUUACGUUGGUAAAAAGCGGAGUGUGUAGCUCUAUUCUACAUGAUUAUUUAUCACGCUGCUUUCCAACU